AUGCACUUCUCCACCACUGCCAUCCUCGCCAUUGCGGCUGCCCCUUUCAUCAGUGCGCAGUCUGGAGGCACUCCUCCGCCGUCUGCCCGGGUCGUUAACCGCUGCAGCUUUCCGGUGACGGUGUGGUCCGUGGGCAGCAGCAUCUCGGGUGGAUACACCCUGGGGGCGAACGGGGGCUACUAUGGCGAGCAGUUCUCGCGCGACCCCGUGACGGGCGGCCGCACGCUCAAGGUGACGCGCGAGUCGGACGGCCUCUUCACCGGCAAGCCGCAGCUCAACUUUGCCUACAACCUCGACGGCAGCCAGGUGUGGUACGACCUGAGCAGCGUGUUUGGCAACGCGCUGUCGGGCAGCAAGGUCGUCGUCGCCAGCGCCGAGGCCUCGUGCCCGGCCAUCGUCUGGAGCAGCGGCACGCCGCCCAGCGGCAGCCAGGUCAAGGUCUGCACGUCCAGCAAGGACGUCACCUUGACGCUGUGCGCGCCGUAG